AUGCAGAUUUUGGCAACCGGCUUUUGGCGGCCGUGGUGGUGUGAGAGUGAGGUGGAAAGCGUAUGCGAAAGGGAGAUGGACUAUAGGGUACCCAAGUUCCAUACCCCGGCCUGCGACGAUGGCUGGCAACCUUGGGAGCGUAGUGGGGCUUGCUAUAAGCUAACCAAAAAACUCGACAACACGGCAGCCGAAGAAGAGUGCAAAAAGAUGGGCGGCAAUUUGACGUCAAUCCUGUCGCCGAUGGAAAAUGAAUACAUUAUUGAAUUCGUCCAGCUCUUCCCGUGGGCCAACGACACAUUUUGGAUCGGCGGGAAAAGGGAUAGAUCCGGAAAUUACAAAUGGCCAACCGGGGACGCGAUCGACAUGUUCUUCUGGUCACACGACGAUUUUGAGGAUAAACAGAACAAAGGGAAUUGCAUAAAGGUAGCCUACAAAACCUACGAUUGGACGAUUCAUCGGUGGGUUGACGCGGAUUGUGAUGAGGUGAUGACGGCGGUUUGCAAAAAGCCGCAAGACCCGGAAGCACCGCCUCGUCCGGAAGGAGAGUACAACGGCUGCGAGAAGGGCUGGCAACCCGCCGACGGAUCCAAGAGUUGCUUCAUGUUCCUUCACAACCUAACCUUCGACGCGGCCGAAAAAUCUUGCAAAGCCCUUGGCGCGAGCAUGGCGUCUGUAGCGAAUGAGCGCGACAAUAGGGAGUUGUUAGAAGCCGGUAUCAGGAAUGGUUUCGGGAGAAAUUCGGCAUACUUGCUUGGGGUUAAGAAGAUACCACGGCCACCACCUUCAGGUCCAGCGCAGACGACACAGACUACAACAACCACAGCCACAACUACUACUACUACUACUACCACUACUACAAAAGCAACAACAACACCAAAACCGACAACGCCAACUACGACAACUACCACUACAGUUCCGACGACCACAACAACUGUUAUUUAUAAGGAUGGCUGCCCACUCGACUGGAAACGAGGAAGUGGCACAGAAAAGUGCUAUAAGAUCGUAAUCGGCGGGAACCUGCAACAAACGACCGAUAGGUGCAAAUUAGUUGGUGGUGAAAUGGUCUCAAUUUAUAAUGCCGCGGAAAAUCGGGUCCUACACGAUCAUUGGCGUGCUGAAUCGUCGGCUGGGGCCCAGUUUAUGCUGGGUGCCAAACGGGCAGCAAACAGGAUUGUGUCCUGUACUGGGUGG